AUGGCUGGCGGGAAUAAUGAGACGGAUCACUUGGCAUUGCUUGAAUUCAAAGCCAAGAUCACUCAUGACCCUUUCGGUGUUAUGACAUCUUGGAAUCACAACAUCCACUUUUGCCGAUGGAAAGGAGUUACUUGUGGUUGCCGACAUCAAAGAGUUAUCAUGUUGGACCUGCGAUCUCUGAAAUUGAUAGGUUCCAUAUCACCCCAUGUUGGAAAUUUAAGUUUUUUGAGGAAUCUAUCCAUCGGAAACUACAACUUUCAUAAUGAAAUCCCUCCAGAAAUUGGCCAUUUACACAGAUUGAAAUCCUUAGAGUUGGAAAAUAAUACACUUAGUGGCAAAAUUCCAAGCAAUUUAUCCAGUUGCACCAACCUCAAAGGCCUUUAUUUUUCUCACAACUUUCUCACUGGAGAAAUCCCUGCAACGCUUGGCGCCUUGUCAAAGCUCUCAUUUUUUGCUAUUCGCAACAAUAAUCUGACAGGAAGUAUCCCACCUUUUUUGGGAAACUUAUCGUUACUAGAAAAGUUUUCCGUAAAUUUUAAUAACUUAGGUGGGAGUAUCCCAAAAUCUUUUGGCCAAUUGACCAAGCUUAAAAUGUUUGAUGUGAGUUCAAAUAGGUUGUCCGGUACAAUUCUUCCCUUAAUCUUCAAUCUGUCUUCAUUAGAAAUAAUUGAUGUAGGAUUCAACUACCAAAUCCAAGGGCAUCUUCCGUCGGACAUAGGUAUCACACUACCUAAUAUUCGAUUUUUUUCCACUGCCUACAAUCAAUUUACUGGAGCUAUCCCUGUUUCAAUCUCUAAUGCUACAAAUCUAGAUACACUUCAACUGAAUGAUAAUAAGUUGAGGGGAAAAGUCCCUUCUUUAGAGAAACUAAAUAGAAUUCUUUUUUUGGUCAUCACCAAUACUAGUCUUGGUAAUGGAGGAGAAAAUGACCUGUGUUUUCUUUGUUCUUUAACAAAUGCCACCAACCUGAGUAUAUUGAAUGUAAAUUCCAAUAACUUUGGGGGAGAGUUACCCAAGUGCAUAGGCAAUUUCUCAACUAUUCUUUACAGCUUGCUUUUAGAUAAUAAUAAAAUAUUUGGAGAAAUUCCUAUUGAAAUAGGAAAUUUGAUAAGUUUGGAGAGCCUAGAAACGUGGAUGAACAAAUUAUCUGGUAAUAUUCCCUCUAAAAUUGGAAAGCUUCAAAAAUUACAAUAUUUGGAUUUAUAUCAUAAUAAUUUCUCUGGAAAUAUUCCAUCUUCUUUUGGAAAUUUAACUAUUGUGACAAACUUGUAUUUGGAAGAGAAUAAUCUUCAAGGUAGUAUCCCUUUAAGUCUAAGCAAGUGCAGAAAUUUGGUAGAGUUUUUUCUUAAUAACAACAAUCUCAAUGGUGUUUGA